AUGGCACGUCUGGGUGUUCCUAACACUUUCCAGGCUCAUGGGUGUGGCCCAGAGAUUACCCCUCUUCUUGCUAAGGUUUGGCGGGUUACUUGUCCACCAAAAGUUAAACAUUUCAUGUGGCAAGUUUUAACGGGCAGUAUUUCGGUGUCUGCUAAUUUGCGACGGCGGGGCAUAGACUGUGAUGUUGGAUGUAUGAGGUGUGGGGCGGAUGUGGAGACUAUUAAUCAUGUUAUUUUCGUGUGUCCGCCAGCCCGCCAGGUAUGGGCUUUGUCCCAUGUACCUGUGGGGCCUCAACACUUUCCGACGGACUCUAUUUAUGUUAAUGUAGAUCAUUUUCUGGGUUCUACGAAUCCGGGUUCUCAGAUAGAGAUUUUCCCUUGGCUAAUGUGGUAUAUAUGGAAAGUGAGGAAUGCUUGUGUGUUUGAGAAUCAGACGGAACGACCGGAUGACAUUGUGCGCGUAGCGCAAGGGGAAGCGUCCUCUUGGCUAAAAGCUCAGGUGGAAGACGAGGGUGAGGAGGUUAUCUCCUCCCCUGUGGUUCCUACUUCUCGGUUACAAGGGCGUCUCUCCCCCCUUCCACUGGUUUACUGCGGUUAUCGAUGCUUUGUUGAUGGCUCUUGGAAAGAGACCGAUGUUUUUGCAGGUGCAAGAUGGUUUUGUACUUCUUCGCAAGGAUCAUCACCUUUUCUAGGAGCUACCAAUUACCGGCGCAGUCUAUCUCCGUUACAUGCCGAAGUAGAAGCUUUCAGUUGGGCGAUGCGGUGCAUGAUUGGCCACAAUUUCCGCGAUGUGGCUUUCUUUACGGACAGCUUGGAUCUGGUGAAGAUGGUGUCUUCCCCUCGUGACUGGCCGGCCUUUGCAACUUAUUUGGAUGGAAUCAAGACGGAUCGAGAGGAGUUUUCUUCUUUCUCUUUAUUUCAUAUUUUUCGUAAUGCAAAUACUAAAACGGAUUCUUUGGCACGCCAAGCGCGCUUAUCUCCGCAUCUUGUUUUGUUUGUAAACAACUUUCCUUCAAAUUGGCUUAUUUGA